AUGUCUGUGCCCCAGACCCGAGGAGACGCGGCCAGUGGGGAAGAAGGGCCGGCAGGCGCAGCCCCGCCUCCCGAUGACCACCUCCGGACCCUGAAGGCCCUCACGGAGAAACUGAGGCUGGAGACCCGCAGGCCCUCCUACCUGGAAUGGCAGGCCGGGCUGGAGGAGCAGAUGUGGCCCCUCCCGAGGCCAGUGGCCGGGCAGCGGGGCCGCGUGGGAGAGGGGCCCUCGCGCCCCCCAGGAGCGCCCAGGCGGCACCCUCAGUCUCAUGGGAUGGCCAGCCAGGACGAUGGGGCCCCAUGCACUGGCAGGUUGGAGGGCUUCGAGAGCAUCGACGAAGCUAUAGCCUGGCUCAGGAAGGAACUGACGGAGAUGCGGCUCCAGGACCAGCAGCUGGCCCGGCAGCUCAUGCGCCUGCGCAGUGACAUCCACAAGCUGAAGAUCGAGCACACCUGCGACCUCCACCGGCGGAUGCUCAACGACGCCACCUACGAGCUGGAGGAGCGGGACGAGCUGUCCGACCUCUUCUGCGACGCCCCGCUCGCCUCCUCCUUCAGUCUCUCUGCGCCACUCAAGCUCAUUGGGGUCACCAAGAUGAACAUCAACUCCCGCAGGUUUUCUCUGUGCUGA